AUGUCGACUGCUGAGGGCACCACCGCGGCCACGGCCCCGAAGGAGGUUACCGAGGCCGAGAAGCCCGUGACCUCUUCCGCCGUGUUUUCCAUGUUCGGUGGUGGGGCAAAAAAGGAGAAGAAGGACGUCGAAGAGGGCCGUGGCGAUGUGUCGGGCAGCAACAAGGCACAGCGCGAGGCAGCUGCCGCUGCCGCUGCUAAGGAUGGAGACGAGGAGGACCAGGCCCCCGAGUCCGAAGAUGUCCACUUCGAGCCUGUCAUCCGGCUGACGGAGAAGGUUGAGGUCAAGACCAACGAGGAGUCAGAGGAGCAGGCCUUCAAGAUGCGCGCCAAGCUGUUCAAGUUUGUGCGCGAGAGCAGCGAGUGGAAGGAGCGCGGCACGGGCGAUGUUCGUCUGCUGAAGCACAAGGAGAACGGCAAGACUCGGUUGGUCAUGCGCCGGGACAAGACGCUCAAGGUCUGCGCCAACCACUACAUCCUGCCCGAGAUGAAGCUAUCGCCCAACGUCGGAUCUGACCGAAGCUGGGUCUGGAAUGCGACGGCGGAUGUGAGCGAGGGCGAGCCAGAGGCCGUGACCCUGGCUAUUCGCUUUGCAAACCCAGAGAAUGCGAACCUUUUCAAGGACGCCUUCGUCAAGGCGCAGGCGGAUAACGAGGCCAUCUUGGAGGCAAACAGCCCUGCUGACGAGGAAAAGGAGGAAGAGAAGGCCAAGGCAGAGCCAGCCAAGGAUGCAUAG